ACACGACAGACUGUGAAGCGCUCCCGGUUAUUAAUAAUUCACCAGCCACUGCACGAAUCCAUCCACAGAUCAACCCGAGCGUUCUGCGCGGGCCACGCAAGGGGUAGCGCGUUUAUUUUGGCAACUACUCUUACAUAGGCUACUUAACAUACAUUAAUUAGUUAUUCGAAACGUUUGCGCGUCCAUAUUCCUCUCACGCGUCGCAUUUGAUUCCGCAAUAUUGCCCGAAAUGACGUUCUCUCCGUAAUAAUUGAUCGUGUAAUCCUUGCACUGAGGAGGAGGAGGAGGUCAUGGAGAUCGGGCCCCCCGUGAGAUGGAUGGAGACUGAGCACCAAUUCACCCAGAGUCCGUGAGCUGAAACUGCGCAGGAAGAAAGUUGCUGUCGGUGGCGAUCUCGAGUGAAGCCACCGGACCGGAGAGACGCACAAACCGGGGGAUUCGCACCAGAGAGGUUCGGUGAACGGAGGAGCGGUCGCGCUGAACCUGCUCCAGCCCCGAAGGUUUCACUUUUUGUGUGUGUAUCUGCUCUGAAAGACAAGAAACGCGCCGGCUGAUUCCUGCGAAAGUUUCCGAGCGUAAAAGUUGGUCGUUUUCCGCGAUCCACGGGCCCGGUUCUUCUGCUUCCGGUAUCAACGGAGAAAGCCCGACUCUUUUGCUUUUCGUCUUCUACCACGCUCCUUUUUUCGGGGCAAAGUUUUUUUCCCCCUAAAGGAGUAAAAUGGGUCUUUGAGACUGUUGGCAAUAUUCCCCGCUCCACAAUGGCCACCGAACCGUUUCUGGUGAAUGAAGACCCGUCCAGAGGUCCUGGGAUACCAGAGUGCUUCGUGGUGUCUGAUUCCUACAGGGAUGAAUUUCAUCCCUUCAUCGAGGCUUUGCUGCCACACGUCCGCGCGUUCUCCUACACCUGGUUCAACCUCCAGGCCCGUAAGCGCAAGUACUUCAAGAAGCACGAGAAGCGCAUGACGAAGGACGAGGAGCGCGCCGUCAAAGACGAACUCCUGGGCGAGAAGCCCGAGAUCAAGCAGAAGUGGGCGUCCCGUCUGCUCGCCAAGCUCCGCAAAGACAUCCGGCCGGAGUUCCGCGAGGACUUUGUGCUCACCAUCACGGGGAAGAAGCCGCCGUGCUGCGUGCUGUCCAACCCCGACCAGAAGGGCAAGAUCCGCCGCAUCGACUGCCUGCGGCAAGCGGACAAGGUCUGGCGUCUGGACCUGGUGAUGGUGAUCCUGUUCAAGGGAAGCCCGCUGGAGAGCACGGACGGAGAGAGGCUGGUCAAGUCCCCACAGUGUUCCAACCACGGCCUCUGCGUGCAGCCGCACCACAUCGGAGUGUCCGUCAAAGAGCUGGACCUGUAUCUGGCCUACUUCGUCCACACGCCAGAAUCUGGACAAUCGGAUAACUCCAACCAACAAGGAGAAGCAGACAUCAAGCCUCCGCCCAAUGGGCACUUGAGUUUCCAGGACUGCUUCGUGACGUCAGGCGUGUGGAACGUGGCGGAGCUCGUCCGUGUGUCACAGACACCAGUUGCCACAGCAACCGGACCCAACUUCUCUCUGGCCGACCUUGACAGUCCAGGAUACUACAACAUCAACCUGGGUCGCCGCUCCAUUACGUCCACGCCAUCGACCAGGACUGAGAUGGAGUUGUAUGCCAGUCUCCCGCGGAGCUCCAACAAGCGUAAAUCCAUUGAUGACAGUGAGAUGGAGAGCCCGGUGGAUGACGUCUUCUAUUCAGGACGUUCUCCUGCCCCGGGAGCAUCCCAACCCAGCGGCUGGCCCAAUGAUGUUGAUGCAGUGCAACACCAUUUGGCCAGUAUGCAGGAGAGGAAGAUAAAACACGAAAGCGAUGGCGUGCAGUUUCCUUACCAUGGACUCUCGUCGCCUGGUUCUCUUAAGAAGUCGGGGAAAUUCGAUUUCAGCGCUCUGUCCGGCCAUACGAGGUCUGCACGCAUGCCGUUCACCCAUCACCCGCUGCCCAUGCUGGCAGGUGUAAGACCAGCAGGAAGUCCCCGUGCCUCAGCUUCCUCCCUGCACUUCCCCUCGCCAUCCAUCAUCCAGCAGUCCAGCCCGUAUUUCACCCAUCCCACCAUCCGAUACCACCACCACCCGGGACAGGACCCGCUCAAGGAGUUUGUGCAGUUCGUGUGUGCCGACGGAUCAGGACAGGCUAGCGGUCAGCCGAACGGGAGCGGCCAGAGCAAAAUGCCGGGCUCCUUCUUGCUGCCUCCACCCCCCCCUGUGGCGCGUCCAGUGCCCCUCCCAAUGCCAGACUCUAAACCCAGCAGCACGCCCCCCGAUGGCGGACUCACCUCACCCACAUCUCCGUCAUACUCCACGCCAGGCUCCACAGCUCCCAACAGGUUUGUCAGCAUCGGAUCACGGGACAACAACUUUCUGAACAUACCCCAGCAGACGCAGUCAUGGUUCCUUUGACGAGGUCCUGCCUGCAACCUGUCGACACAAUUUGGAAGUUUUAUGAUAAAAAAGAAAAUAAUAAUCCUGUUUGAAAAUCCCCUCCGACCUGAGAUGCACCCUAAGAAACGUGAGCAGAAUAAGAUUGGGAAACGUUCGACCCUGUAUUUGCCAACCGUCAGACGCCCUUCAAGCCCGCUCCUCCACCUCCGUUACAGACGUUCAGAUCACAGCAGGAGGUGACGGACUGACACGCACCUACAGCAUCUCGCAAGAACCGUCACGAAACCAACGGCAACAUAGAGGAAGAACCUGAUGAACAGAGACAGAAACAAGAGUGUAGUGUACAAUGGCUGGGAUUAUCAACAGUUUCAGUGGUGAGGAUUCAGACACGACUAAAACGCAAGAUUUUUACUAAUUAAAGUUUUCAAAACACUUAAACAUGCUGAUGUUCAGCAUACAAGGCGACGCUAAAAGAGUAAUUUCACAUUAUAAGACGUUUUGCAUUUUUAGCUGAAUAGCAUGCGGUAGAAACGUCUCUUUUUUUCUGUUUCGGUCAAUUACUAAACUAAUUUCGAACAGCAGAAGUAUUGCACUACAAAUAUGCGAAGAACACUAGUUUGACGUGCACUAUUGAAAAUGGGAUCGACGGCGGACAUUAUUUGCACAUUUUAUUGCAGAGAAAAACAAACCCCACACACUACAGCUACCCAGAGACGCGUCUCAGAGGACGUCCUCGUUUUCAGGCCUCAAACAGAAGCGUUGUAAUGAAACAAACGUCCAAUUCAGGCCAUUAGUGCCAACUAGACAGCACCAGAUUUUAGUUAGUACUCCUACAGGAUGAAAAAUGCCAGUCAGCGCACACACUUAAGGCUCAGUCACUUUCGCUAAAUUUCGUGGGCGAAAAGGUCUGUUGUGCAUCGCCACACUAUUGAAUAUGUACAAAGUACCGAAUUUGCUGGUCAACACAGCGGACAAACUCAUGUUCUUUUUUUUUAAAUUAAAGACACAUGUCUGACAUGUAAGUUUUAAAUUGAUUGUUAAAAACUUUCAAGUAAACUGUAUUUUUAUAUAUUUUUUGCCCUCGCACGAAAUUGCAUGGAUUCCUUAUAAAUGAUGGUAUUUCGUCCGUGAAAUUUUGCCGAGCAACUGUAAAUGUGACCGCCAGGGUUGCCAGGUCUUCAUAACACAACCCAGCCCAAUGGCCAAUCAAAAAUAGCCCAAAAGUAGCCCAAUGGCCAUAUCCAAAAUAUUAGGGAUGCACCGAUAUGAAAAUUAUGGCUGAUAACCAAUAUUUGAAAGCCGAUAACCGAUAUAUUGGCCAAUAAAUCUAAAUCCUAAUUUUUAUAUAAUUUUUGAGAGCCUGAUUACAAAAGCUAAAGUCUCACCAUUAAUAGCCAUGUCCCAAGCACACAAUUAUAAUGAUGAUAUACUAUAUCAUUAUAAUUUUAUGUAUCCUAUAUGACAGAUUUGCACUGCACAUGUUGCGCUUAACUGUAUUUACAUGUGUAAACGUACUGUAUUUACUCCAAUCAUGUCAAGCGAACAGUGCGCAUCUAAAGUGUCUCAGCUGAAGGAAAUAAUCCAUUAUUUAUGGGAUUUAAUAUAUCGGCCACAUUUUCUUAUUGGGCCGAUAACGAUAACAUCAAAAAUGAACGUAUAUUGGCCGAUACCGAUAUGGUGGCCGAUAUCGUGCAUCCCUACCAAGUAUCAAAAUUCGAAAUAUGCCACUCCCGUAUCUAAAAUACACAUUUUACAGUCACUGUUAGGCAAAAUCAAAAACAUGAUAUCGUAGUGAUCAUAAACGCAGCUCAAAUUCUCCCUACCAGUAGCCUUCCUUCACAAAACUUAACGUCUAGCAGUUUUAUCAUUGGUAGAAUAGAAAAUAUUUCAAUACAAGCAUUUCAGUAAAAUAUAAUUUAUGAAAUACGUCAAACCUUUCCAGUGGGGGGGAAAAACCAACCCACGGCAACAGUUUAAAAGCAGCCCAAUUACCGCAGACUUGGCAACCCUGGUGACUGCACUUUUACAACCAAAUGACCAAGCUACAAUUAUAAUUUUUUUUUUUUUUUUUUUUUCAGAGAUAAUCAUUACAUUGUCUUAUUUCAAACUCAUAAAUUUUUUUUUAAUGUCUGAAAUGUAAGUAUUAAACGUAGAUUCCCCACGUAGAUUCGUCUUUAAAUUACGGAGCACCGCACAUAAAAUGCAGGAAAAAAAUAGUAGGCUAAACUGUGCGCAUGAUUUACUAAUUCGUUCCCUUGAUUUACUAAAUUGUGCGCACAAUUUAGCCUACUAUUUUGUUCCUGCAAUUUAUGUGCGGGCUCUGUAUUAAAUGAUAUUUCGUCCGCGAAAUUUUGCCGAGCGACUAUAAAUGUGAUUUACAGCCAUGUGACCGAGUUACAAUUUUAAAAUUGUUUGUUUUAUUUUUUUUUUGUUUUUGUUUUUUGGUAAAAAAGAAAUUUCGUCAAGCGACUGUAAAUGUGACCGCACAUUUACAGCCAUGUGACCGAGCUACAAUUAUAAAAUUGCUUGUUUUAUUUUUUUUUUGUUUUGUUUUUUUUGUUUGGUAAAAAAAAUAAAAAUAAAUACUAGCCUAAAUUGUGCACACGAUUUAGUAAUUCGAAGGAAUGAUUUAGUAAAUCGUGUGUACGAUUUAGCCUACUAUUUUUUUUUCCUGCAUUUUAUGUGCGGGGCUCUCCUAUUAAACGAUAUUUCAUCCGCAAAAUUUCGCUGAGCGACUGUAAAUGUGACCGCACCUUUACAGCCAUGUGACCGAGCUACAAUUAUAAAAUUGUUUGUUUUAAGAAAAAUCUGCGAUAAUCAUUGCAUUAUUUUAUUUCAAACUCAGUUUUUUAAUUAAAGCCAUACAUCUGAAAUAUAAUUUUUAAGUUGUUUGUUAAAAAAAAGUAAAGCUCUUAAUUAGAAGUAGGAAACUUUAAAAUAAAUUUAGUAAUUUUAAUGAGUUUCUUAAUCGAAGCGAGGCAUAAUAAAAGUCCCCAAAUCAUUAGCACUAAUAAAGACGGCCCUAGAGACACGCCCACUUCUGUGUUUUGUUUACGUACCUGUUUACACUCCCAGAAGUCCAUGUUCCAAGAACACGCGACCUCGCUGCGGAGCAAAAGAAUGUGUGACAUAUCAUAGCCGUGCUCAGAGGGAGGUGGGCUGCUCGGGGUCGGCUUUUAUUAGGCAAAAUUUUGGUAACGUUUCGGCAAGGCUGUCAUAAAAGUAUACGCAUACACGCACUGUCCUCCGCAGGUUGACUACAAAGGGAAGCCUUUAGGGUGAAUUACAGUAGGGCGAUCUUCAUCCGCUGAUAAAACAAAUGUUUUGCUUUCGACGCAGCUGUAAUCGACAACCUCACAAAAUAACUGGACUGCCUGACCAUGUAUCUCACUGCAGGGAAGCAUUGUUGCCGGACGGCGGCCGUGUCAUCGCUUUUGGUAGAAAAACUAACACGAGAAUCGUGAUGGCAAUGGUCUUUUCUUUUCUAAUCAAAGGAAGUGCCUCUGUAUUCCCAUUAUGCAAUUUGUUAAACAUGAAUUCAGGUUAUUUUCUUGCAUAUAAGCUAUAGAGGAGCGUGAAAUUUUUAUGAGAAGAAGAAAAAAAAAAUACAAGCGUCAGCUCACUAGUUACAAACAUCUUUAUAUAUACAGGAUAUAUCCAUAUAUAUUUAUAUAUACAUUUUUUUUUCUUAUUUGCCUAAUAAGCUCAGUGGCAGUCUAGUUAUUUUUUGAAGUAUGAUCAUGAGUUAUCAUAAAUCAGAUAUCCGUUCAGAAGUUCCAGUCCCGAAAACCCAGUUCUGCACUUAAUAAUUAGAGCGAAAAAAUAAACCGGCGGAAAUCAGAUUUCCUCGGAAAACGUUAUUGAUUAGCGUAGGGAAAAAAAUGCACGGCUUUUGAUUUCUUUUGUGUUUGGACAGGAAGUAUUUGUUAUUGCAAAAUAAAGUGUGUUGAUUGAGCCAUGUGCAAUGCCUUGGGUAGAAACUGUGUUUGUCUCAUUGUUAGGGUGUACAGGAAAGCGUAGAGGUGAAAAUCCUUCUAUUAUAGUAAAGUCCACGCUGUCCGGGACUCUAAACUACAGGGCGGAGAGAGCGAGAGAGAGAGAGAGAAAACGGUCUUUGUAAGUUUUGGGAAUUUGUUUUGUAAUCUUUCCUUUUUUUCUGCUUUUUUUAUUGUUCAUUUGUAAUGAUUUGUUCUCAAAACUUAGGAGGGCUGAAGAAGCAGUUUUUUUGCGACACGUCAGAAUAUAUCACUAAAUAAAACAGGUGCUUUUUAUGGAUCAAAGUACGUUCAAUCUCUAUUAUACAUAAGAAGACAAAAAAAUAAGUGUUAUCAAGACAAAUUUUAGGAAGAAAAAAAAAAAACACGUUCAUUACUCUUUUUUUCCUUUUUAUAUUUACUAAAGGGGGGAGGGGGUUCAUUGUGGUCAAGGUUGUGACAAAAGGCAUUUUUCCUCCAACCUUUUCCCUGAAACGAACGAGGAAUGUUGAGUGAUGACGUCCUAAGAGGUUUUACGAGCUAAAAUGCAGGAUUUUCCGGUAUUUUUGACUUCAUGCUAUGCAUUCCAGUUUUCUAGGACUUCCAUACUUUGGGUCGCCCGAAAUGCCGUAGUUCUUAACAAACUUCCCGCCGGAACUUUGCUGGCUUUUUGUAUGUAGAAAAUUUCAAAUUCGUAUGACAAGAUCUUCCCUAUUUGGGGGGAGAGGCUUUAACGCAUAAUCUAAAAUGCCCGUUGUAAGCUAGAAACUACGGAAUAUGAAGACAUGGGAAAUAUAAAUUUGUUAUCUUUUAUAUUUUGAUAAACUGGUGAAACUCUUCAUAUUUCACUCCAAAAUCAAAAGAAAAAAGCAUUUUUUUUUUCUUUCAAAAAACAUCGUAAUAGUCCUAUAAUUUUUAUACUUUAUUCAUAUCAUUUUCUUUUAAUUUGGGGGUGAAAAAAACUAUAUUUCUUAAGCUUCACCCAAACAGACUCCCAAACAAAGUUGGCGACCAAUCACAACGAGAGAGUUGAAAUUGAACCCCUCCCCCUCUGAACUUGCAGCGCCCUCUACUGGCCCUCCGUGUAAAUGACUCUAAAUAUUUGUUUUGUGAUCUAGUGUUAGACUCAGAGCAUCAUAAAGGUUGUCCCUAAAAAGUGCCUUUUGUUCACAGACACCAUCUUGUAAUCCUGAGUGCCCAUCUCAAAAAAACAAAAAAAACAAAAAAAAAAACAUAAAAAAAAACAAAACAAAAAAGUCCCCUCCUUCAAACUUCUGUAUUUCUCCUUCCGCGACUUCUUCAAAGCAGUAUAUAUAGUACUAAAGGAAAUCGGUGUGACUUAGUUCCUCUUUUUAUUGUUGAAUAAUUAAGAAAACUGUAAAAAAUGACAAAAAAAAUGACUUUCUGUCUUGCUUUUCCUUCCUCUGUAAUCUUGUCUUCUGCCUCUUUUGGACACUGGAGUAGUCUAUAGUUGCAAAACCAUCGCCCUUCCCCAUGCCCCUUUUCUCUGAACGGAGGGGUUUUAAAAUAAUAAAAAAAAAAGAGUAAGAAAAAAAUGUUGUCUGAGCAGAAUGCAGUUAGCUCACAUGUUAUUCUUGUCUGUACGCUUCACGUUGUAUUCAUACCGAUCUCUUCAGCUUCUCCAUUGAACAGUUAAUGUACGUGAACAAGUUACACCGGUGAGCUCUGGUGGGCCGUCCCACGGACAGAAGGGCGUUUCAGCUGCGAAAACGAUGGAGGCCAACCGCUGGGGUAGAGUAGGCGAGUUUUUGAUCUAUUUAUUUCUCUUUUUUGUUACCAAAUUCAUUUGAUUUGCUAUGAUCUGUUUGUUAUUGAUAUUGCAUUGAGAAUCUGUAUUGAUGAUGCACCUUUUGAAUGGUUGUACGUGACCAGAUAUUUAAUUUAAAAAAAAAAAAAGUUCCUGUCAAGACAAAGCACCUUAAAAACGGAGUGGUUUCAGCCCAGGGAAAGCGACAAACAGUUUCGAAGCCCAGCGUUACGAGCCAAACCCUUUAGACCAAAGUGACGCACGCCACAAAAAAAGACUAAAAUUAACUUGAAAACUCACCAGCAAAAGCCGACGUGGGCUUAAACGACAACUUGCUUCCUCCCACAAACAAAAUAUGCAAUUGUUUCACUUUCCCGAGUCCGUGAAGCCAGCGUCCGCGUUGGCUGCGAUUUAUUAGUAACUGUAAUAAGUGAAAGCCAUAGCGACGGACACGUGUUUGGCGCUCUCAUUGUCCCUCCCUGGUACUGACCGUCCAUUUUAUUUCUUUCGUAUUUACUUUACUUUUGUACUCUUGUGUUGAGCGGGGCAUUCGGAUGCGUUUAGAGUAGCAUGAGCCCUCGGCGGCUUCGGUCCUGGUUUGAACUCUUCGAGCGGCGCCCUUCUCGGUCCACACGCCUUCCAGAGCUCAUGGUGAAAUGCAUGUGUUGAUUACAAUUUCUUUUCCAUAAUAAGAAAAACAAGAAAGAGCAGCACCUUUAACUGAUUGAAUAAAAGGAUGUUCUUGACUGUAAAGACGACUCGGUGUGGUUAUUUUGAUCUUCAAAUCCUGUUUAGCCUCAGCAAACAUCUCAAGAUGAUUUAAAAUAAGACAAAACAAGCAUUAAAAUAAGUUAAAAAUCAAGGUAUUUCUUCAUUCACCCCUUUAACUACUUUUUUUUUUUUUUUUCUUUGAAGAACGAUGGUUCCCACGGUCUUGAAAAUGAUUGACCUCAUUUUAAGUGUGAUUUGUAGACCUGGAAAUGCCAUGUAAAUGAAUGGUAUUAGUAACUCCAUAUGUGUUUUUAUACAUUUAGAUACUUUUCUAGUUAUUCCAAGCUCUAAAAUGUUUUAUUGUAUAGAAAUUGAGAGAACAAAAUCUUCAAUCCUUAUCUAGUAAAUCACAAACAACUGGAAAAGUUAUGUGGUCUUCGUCUGUUGUUGGAAAAUUUGUGGGGCCAAAAAAUUGGGAGUCAAAAAGGUUAAAGGCCUGUUCACACCAAAAACGAUAACUAUAAAGAUAACUUUAUUUGUGUCCACACUAACGAACGAUAACGGUCUGUUUAUUCUAAGCUCAAGCGCUGCGGUGUCAAAGUGUGUACAACAUGUUUUUGCUGUUCUUGUUGCAUUUACAGGCUUUAACCAGCAGAUGUCCUCAGCAUGUUGUUUCGAGUGAAUAGCUAGUGUAGUCGAUCUAAUCUAACAGUGAAUUUAGCUGAUGAAGUCAAUAUAGUGGAUUAAAAACAACACCUAGUCUUUUUCACUGCAACUUCAAAGAAAGCAAGACGUUUUCGAAACUUGUGCUGGAUACCUGAGGUAAUUUUAUUUCACACUGUUUGCUAGCAUGCCAUAAUGAUCUCAUCGUUAAUACUUCUCACCAUUUAUUCCGAGGGUAUGACCGAUUGUUUUCCAUAUAUCCAUGUUCUUUAGAGUAUCCUUGAAAAGGGAGUUUGACUUGUCAAACAGUGGUGGCUUUUUCUGGACCUCAGCAAUUAACUUCUCCGCAAUGUCAUCUGCCAUUUUAAAUGUGUGAGCCCUUAAAUUAGAACGGAUUCUGAUUGGCUGUCAGUGUUUUAUUGUUCAACAUCAGGGGGAAAAAAUCAUUCUGAAAGUGAUCCCAAAGAUAUUUUUUCUCUGUAUCAUUAUCGUUAUAGCUAUGGUGUGGACAGUGCUAUUCUUUUAUAUAGAAUGAUUUUUAGAACUAUAUCUUUAUCAUUAUCUUUAUAGUUAUCGUUCUUAAUGUGAACAGGCCUUUAGAACCAUAGAUAUGUAUUUGCAGAUGCCACAUUCAUCCAUUUCAGACACGUCGACGUGUCCGCCAUCUUGGAACAGUUAAACAUGGCACUCUUCAUCACUCUCACUAAGAGCUGGUUUGUGUGUUAAUGUACAGACGUGGACAAAAUUGUUGGUACCCUUGAUAAAUAUGAUCAAAGAUGACUGUAAAAAUUAAUUGCCAUUGUUUAUCCUUUUGAUCUUUAAUUCAUAAAAUUAGUAAAAAUCUAACCUUUCACUGAAGGAAAAUAAUUGAAAGUGGGGGGAAAAUCACAUUAUGAAAUAAAUGUUUUUCUCCAGAACACAUUGGGCACAAUUAUUGGUACCCCUAGAAUUUAUUAUGAGUAAAAUAUCUCUGAAGUAUAUUCCCAUUCAUAUUUACAUUUUUUAGCACACCAGGGUGAUCAUGAACAUGAAGUUGUCCAGCCAUGACUGCCUGUUCCACAAGAGUAUAAACAAGGAAAGGCCAAAUUCCCUUAAUCAUUCAUCACAAUGAGUAAAACCAAAGAAUAUAGUUCUGAUGUGGAGCAAAAGAUUAUUGAGCUUCACAAAAUAGAAAGUAGCUGUAAGAAAAUAGCUAAAGCAUUGAAAAUCCCUAUUUCCACUAUCAGGGCAAUAAUUAAGAAGUUCCAAUCAACUAAAGUUGUUACAAAUCUGCCUGGAAGAGGACGUGUGUUUAAAUCGUCCUAAUGUGCGGUGAGGAGGAAAGUUUGAGUGGCCAAAGACUCUCCAAGGAUCACAGCUGGAGAAUUGCAGAGAUUAGUUGAGUCUUGAGUCUCAGAAAUCCUAAAAAAAAUUAUCAAACAGCACCUACAUCCCCACAAGUUGUUCGGGAGGGUUUCAAGAAAAAUCCUCUGCUCUCAUCCAGAAACUAUCUCCAGCAUAUUCAGUUGUCAGACACGACUGGAACUUCAAACGGGACCGGCUUCUAUGGUCAGAUGAAACUAAAAAAAGAAGAGCUUUUUGGCAGCAAACCCACCAGAUGGGUUUGGUGCACACAUGGAUAAAAAGUACCCCAUGCCCACGGUUAAAUAUACUGCUGGAUCUUUAAUGUUGUGGGCCUAUUUUUCUGCUGGAGGUCCUGGACAUCUUGUUCAGAUACAUGGUAUCAUGGAUUCUAUCAAAUACCAACAGAUAAAAAAAAAAAAAAGCGGACCACUUCUGCUAGAAAUCCAAUAAUGGGCCAUGGUUGGGUCUUCCAUCAGGACAGUGAUCCAAAACAAACAUCAAAACCAACACAAAAAUGUGUCCCUGAGCACAAAAUAAAGCUUCUGCCACGGCCAUCCCAGUCCCCUGACCUGAACCCUAAAGAAAAUGAGUGGAGUGAACUGAAGAGAAGAAGCACCAACAUGGAGCUGGGAAUCUGAAGGAUCUGGAGAGAUUCUGUAUGAAGGAAUGGUCUCUGAUUGGUCCAACUAAAUGGUGUGAAAAUCAUCUGCUAGGGUCUAUUGCAGAUAUAGAUAUUCAUACAUGUGAAUAACUAGGUUGUAGAUGCACAGCCAACUUGCUUUAACAUAGAAACAAACACUUAUGAGGCAUGUAUAUAUGUCUAUGUUGAGAACCGCUGGUUUAGUACCAUAUUGAUCGUGCUCUGGUGUUAUAUGUAAAUAUACUCACCAACAAACCAUUUUUAAGUUACAGCAAGUAUUUAUUUGAUGUACCUUCUUCAUGUUAAAUUAACAGUCUAUAAAUAAUUAUUUAAUGAAUUUCCUCCAGAGUGAAGGGACUGGGUUCGGAUGACAAACACCUGCUAAAAGGCAAGUCUUUUUUUUUUAAUUGAAAAAGCAUUAAAGUAUGUUGUUUAUAGAAGUUAGUUAAAGCACUGUGUGUGUGUGUGUGUGUGUGUGUGUGUGUGUGUGUGUGUGUG